UUGCUGCCUCCGUGCGCGGCCCCGCCGCCCCCCGCGCGCGCCUCCUUCGCAGCCCGGCGCUCAAGCUCGCGCGCGCCCCUCUCCCGGCUCGCGAGCCCGCCGUGGUCGCCGUCGCCGUCGCCGUCGCAGCCCCUCGAACGCGCGGUCGCAUCAUGUCUUCGCCUCCCGAGGGGAAGCUAGAGACGAAAGCCGGACAUCCGCCCGCCGUGAAAGCUGGCGGAAUGCGCAUCGUGCAGAAGCACCCGCAUUCGGGAGACACCAAAGAAGAGAAAGACAAGGACGACCAGGGAUGGGAGAGUCCCAGCCCGCCCAAACCGACCGUGUUCAUCUCCGGUGUGAUUGCCCGGGGCGACAAAGACUUCCCGCCGGCGGCCGCCCAGGUGGCUCACCAGAAGCCCCACGCCUCCAUGGACAAGCACCCCUCCCCGAGAACCCAGCACAUCCAGCAGCCUCGCAAGUGAACGGCGAGGCCCCAGCGCCCCCACCAGCAGUGCCUCAAUAUCCCGACCUUUGGUAUCUCCCCGGCAGAGACAAUUGGCGUUUUCUUCAACCCGCUGCUCCCCUGGGAAAUCUAAGACAAAGUGAAGCGCCCCGUCCUUUGCC